GGCCAGUGUUCGACAAUGUUUCGCGCCAGAGCCAGUUGGAGUUCAUUUUCAAAGCGAUUGAAGCCAUUGGAAACCAGAUCAUUUUGCUCCAAACCCCACAUUCAAACCAACAAGAGCAGCAACAACGGAAAGAUCAAUGGCGACAACAAGGUUGAUCCGGAUCUGAGCAGCUACCACGAGGCGUACAAGCAGCUGGAUAACUUGGACUUCAUGACCGCCUCCAAGAUCCUCUUCACUCAACCUUCAAAGAAAAAGAAAUUUGGGCUUGAUUUCCAUCUUGUGCAACUCUUCUUUGUUUGUAUGCCGUCUUUGGCUGUGUAUCUGGUGGCCCAAUACGCUCGUUACGAAAUGAGAAAGAUGGAAGCGGACCUGGAGCUGAAAAAGAAGAAAGAAGAAGAAGAGAAAGCAAAACAAAUAGAGUUAGAAGAGGCUGAAAAAAUUCAUGAAAUGAACCCGGAGCUUCAGGAGGUAAAAACAAGACUCGAUAAACUUGAGAAGACCAUGAAGGAAAUUGCUGUGGAAUCCAGAAAACAAUCAGGGACUGGUAAUAUAACAAAGAACUCUGAAAAGGGUGAAGAUGCUGUUAAAACCAAACAUGGGGUAAAUAUUGAUCCAACCAAGUCUAUGGAUGACCAUCUUGGUGGACAAAAAAUAGUACCCGCUCCAGUUUUGCCCAAAGAUUGUGCUAGUGAGUCUACAACACGAGAAGAUAGUAAGCAUCAUAACCAAGGUGAAGGAUCCUCUCUAGAUGACAAGAGAUGAGGAAAGCGCCUCUUAAUUAAUAUUACUGCCAUAUCCUGCGCAUGGUAAUUUUCCUUUGGUGAAGCUAGAGAAAUGAGAGUGAGCCAUGUUGCUGCCAAGAAUCCAAUGGUUCCAGGUUUUGUUAAUAAUCAUAUAUGGUGAAGCUGUAUCUUUGAUCAUUAACAAUGUAAAUGGUUAAUAGGUAAAGGAUCCAUGCCUAUUUUGUUAUGACAAUUAAUUACUUCAGGAUUAACAUUCAA